CCAGCAACCCCACUUAUUCUUGUUCAAUCAUAUAAAAAGCAACACCUAACAGUUAUUGACAACAAUCAUAAAUUAUACAACAAACAAAAUGUUCAGCAAAAUCGUAGCUUUCAGCGCCCUCCUGGCUGCGGCUAAUGCAGCUCCGUACGGUCACGCCAUCUCGUCGCAAAGCAUCGUCCGCCACGACGAAGCCCACACCCCAGCUCAUUACGCCACGCCAUACGUUCACACCGGACCUAUACUUCACGCCGAACCUAUAGUUCAUGCCGCACCCAUAUACGAUGCGGUGGUACCCUACGCCGUCCCGAUCGCUUAUGAUGGCCAUGACGACGACUACAAUGAUUACCAUGGUGACCACGAAGACUACGAACACGCACACCCGAAAUACGACUUCGCCUACUCCGUGUCCGACCCCCACACCGGUGACCACAAGUCCCAGCACGAGAGCCGCGACGGUGACGCUGUCCACGGCUACUACUCGUUGGUGCAGCCUGACGGUUCCGUGCGCAAGGUCGAGUACACCGCUGACGAUCACAAUGGGUUUAACGCCAUCGUCCACAAUUCUGCUCCUUUAGUCCACCCUGCGCCGGAGUACCACCAUCAUGACUAUUAAAUUGUACAAAGCAUUGUUCCCUUAGCCAUGAAUCUUAAAUGUAAUAAGCUAAUUUAUUAAAACUUUUUU